GUGCAUGAGUGGGCAGGACUCAAUCCGGCUCGCAAAUUCCUGAAAGUCUCCCAUGGAGUGAAAUGUUCUGCUGUUUUCCCAAACGGAAGGCAUGCAACACACCAUUCUGAUCUGGAGGAAAUAGACUAUAGCAGUGAAUAAGGUAUAAGGGAGCUGUUUUCAUCCGCGAUUCCUGGAUUAAAAGCCUUUGGUUGCUUUGUUGGGGCAAAUCCAUUCAGUUUGCAUGGAGAGACUUGUGACAUCCCUGACUCAGCUUUAAACUGGAACUGUGUUGAAUUAAUAAGAAGUUGUGCAGUAACGUCCAGAAAGAGCCGAAAUCAUGUCUUCCAACAACACCUUUGGCAGCAGCAUACUGUUCCAGUCCAUCACGGAUGACUUGACUGCAUCUUUGGCGAUGGCGGAUGAGCGGUCUCGUGAGUUUAAUUCCCUCCUGCAGGAUAUGUCCUCUUGCAACACUGGAAGCUCUACAACAGAGAGUUUCAGCUUGAGCCCACAGAACACCACCAGCCCCACUCAGAUGGGCACCCAUAUCACUAGUGAUUCUACUGCUACUACCAGCAGAGAUGCAGGUGGAAGCGUCAUGAAUAGAGGCACAAUGUCUUUCUCCCAAACCACACCUUCAAUCAGAGCUUCAGAGCCCAAAAUUCCCUCAUCAGACUCCAUCUUUACCAGUGGUAGAAACCACCCGACCUCCCCAAACCCCCAGGCCUAUCAGUAUGCCUCUGCUCAACCUCGAAGCACCCGCACUGAGUCUGUCUACAGUCACGGAAGCCUGACACCCCCAAACCAGUCCCCGCGUACCCAACGCCGGACAUCGCCAAACAGUUCCAGGACACACGAGCGGAACAUGAGUGGCUCGUUCCCCUUUGCAGAGCUUUCACCUGGUUUAAAAUAUGACCAACAAUCUGCUUUUAACACGCUUCAAGUCCCAGCCAAACCAGUGGUUUCACCUAACUCGCCCACCAGUGGUCGUAGAUCACCCAGGAUGGACAGAGUUCCUUCUCCCGGACCUUUCAAACAAUCGCAAGCGAACACACUGCCAAGCAGUUUUGCUCCGAAUAAAACUACAGAUGAGGGUAUAGUGAGGCAGAGAACCCUGGCAAAAUGGAACGAGACAGACCUGGAUGUUUCGUAUGAAAGAAAACCGCACCACACAUACGACAAAAACGAGUGGAUCAGACCGACUGUCCCCAACAGCAACUGGAGAGAGUCCAACCUGGACUCACCCGUUGUACCUCGAAAGGACCCUCAUUCCCAUUAUCUCCCAUCACCCAACGGCUCCUUGCCCAGGAACGCCCGUAUCUCUGCGCCUCUUGAUCAUGUUUCACCCACCCAGCCAUCAUUUAACCAUCAGCCAAUCAUCUCCCGUGUCUCCAUCCCUCCUGCAUCAUCUGGGUUCCGCCCACGUAAGCCCAUCCCCCUGUCUGUCAUCAUGAAGCUCCAGAACCCAUACUCUGCAGCAGCCACCAGAUAUCCACAAGGCACAGAGGGUGAGCGUGAUCUCAGCAUGCCACGCCAGCCUUUGCCCCGAGAGUUGCUUUACCACUUUCAGCCUGUCCCUCAAGAGCAGAGACUGCCGCAAUAUUACGCAGAAGCCCCAAAGUCAAAUGUGGAAAAAAUAAACUCCCUUAAUAAGCCGUCCGCACACCCAGAAAGCCUGACUCCCUCAGCCGAGCAAAGCAAAGAGCCCAAAGUAGAAGUUAACACUGAUUCUGAGGUGGAGUCUGCUCCUCCUCGGCCCCUGAGCCCCACACGCUUGCAGCCAGUGGUGGACCCAGAGGCUCCUGUGGUCCCUGAUAAGGACGUAUUGCUCCAGAUCCGAGCUGAGAUCCCACGUGCUCUGAAGAGGCGUGGCUCCAUUGACCAUUCACGGAACAUGAAGAUGACACCCCUCCUUCAGCCCAACCAGUACAAGCAGAUGAUUAAACGAAUGUUCCGCAGGAAAGGAACCCACACGAAGGUUGAGACGGGGAGUGAGAGUAGCUCGUCAGAUGGAGAGGAGAGCGCACCAUCGAUAUCGAGCCCAACUUCGCUGAUCCCAAGCACGGCUCUGCCAGCCCAGCAGAAGUCAAUCCUGCGGAAGCCAAAAGGAAGCAGUGUAAAGGGGCCCCGUGCUCGUCUCAGCCCUCUGGUCCUGUUGCUGGAUGGUGCUCUGGUUGGGGAGCUGGACACGGUGCAGAGAGCCAUACAGGAGAUGAGUGACCCAAGCCAGCCAAAUGAUGAAGGUAUCACCGCCCUUCAUAAUGCUAUCUGUGGUGCGCACUAUGCUGUAGUGGAGUUCCUUGUACGCAUCGGUGCCAAUGUCAGCGCCCCAGACAGCCACGGCUGGACACCCCUGCACUGCGCUGCCUCAUGUAACGACCGGGCACUGUGCGAGUUUCUGGUGCGUAAUGGUGCAGCCGUCAUGGCAGUGACGGAGAGCGAUGGAGCCACAGCGGCGCAGAAGUGUGACCCGUAUGCUGGGGGUUAUGAAGAGUGUGAGAGCUUCCUUAGAGGAGUGGAGGAGGCGAUGGGUGUGGAGAACAGCGGUGUGCUGUACGCUCUGUGGUCUUACCCAGCCCAGGCACAUGAUGAGCUGACCUUCAAGGAGGGAGACAUGGUGACCAUCCUGCAGAAACCCGAGGGAAUGGACUGGUGGUGGGCUUCACUCUGCGGCCGAGAGGGCUUCGUCCCAAAUAACUAUUUUGGGCUUUUCCCAAAGGUGCGGCCAAAAUCACUGUGCUAGAGGUCCCUCUACAGGCCCAGCUCCAGUAAUACACCACAGAAUCACCUACAAUAUGUCCAAGAUGUCUUUGUUGUUGUUCCUGUAGUAGUCAUUGCAUUUUCUUGAUGAUGUACAUUUGUAUUAAGGGCUUGGAAGUAGAGUUGCAUGUGUAACGUUGUAGACAAAUUAAAAAUCUAGUAGUAUCUAAAUCUGACCGGUUGAAUAAAUUGCCAAAUUCUAAUCAAAGUUUGCUUUCGUUGUUUGGCAAACGUUACUUCCAAGCCCUCGAGAUAUCCGGAAGUGGUACCUUUUCUACUAUAAAUAAUCUAUACAGAUUCAGAUUGUAGGGAGUUUCUACUUGAGGACUUGUUCAUUUAUGGGUUUUAGAGCUACUUUAACUUGCUUUUAUAAAAUGAUUGUGAUCUCUGAAGUCAUGUGGUUCAGUGAUGAUUACAGCAGUUAAGAAGAUGCCUUACCUUACCGGGUCGAGCAAGCUCGGCUAUGCAUGACCCUUUCCUUUCAAACGGCCCUAUCGCUCAUCAGAGCUGGUAGUUCCUCGGACCUACAUCCUGUUGUCAUCACACAGUUGGUCGAUGUAGGUCCUUUUAGGGCGGCCUUUAGAUCCAGUUAAAACUAAUGACUGGUAUUGAUGUAUUUAAUAUUGAUUUGGCAGCAUUUAAUCCUAAACCCCUUAUAAAAUCUGCAUGCAGGCCUGGGGAAACUCAUUACAUGGUCGAAUUUUGUACUAUAAGGGAUGUAUCUCAACCAGAAUGAAAGAUCUACCGUUUAAGUCUGGUUACGUCAAAAGUGAAAAGGAAGGAAACUGCAUUUAAUUUCAACUCCACAUCGACAUUUAUAAUGUAACAUAUUUAAGGAAAAGCAAUUACAAUUUCUCCUGUUCUGAUGUUUAAAGUGAACAUUAACUGAAGCUCUUGAUUUGUAUCUGCAUGAUUUGAUGCAUUGCGCUGCUGUCAAGGGAUCGGCUGAUUAUAGAACUGCAUCAAACAGCAGGUGGAUGGGUGUUCCUAAUAGGGCAGAUAGUGAGUGUAUAUAAAAUGUUUUUCUAUUUAGAUUACUUUCAGCUCUUUGCUCAUCUUUUGUGGCUGCCAGAAUUCAGGUUUUCACAGACCACCACAAGCAUACAAAGGUUUAAAUAUGCUAAAUGUGAAGUUCUCUUUAUAAAUGAUGGGCUCCGUGGCUGAAGUGCCAAUUAAUUGAAGGUUUUGUGUUCAAAUCCUAGGUUUAUUAAAGAGACCUGAAAUAAACGAUUAAACUUUAGCUGCUGUAUUUGGAUUAGAUUCUCUCCCACGUGAAUGCCCAUGAUUACCAUGAGAUCACAGCAAAUGAAAUGCUUGUCAUCUCAAAGAUUGGUUAGGAAUUUGUUCGUAUAGCAUCUCAGUAUUGAUUUUAGAUGUGAGUAUUGAUUCGAGUGCGUGUGUGUGAGUGUGAGAGAGAGAGGGGGAGAGAGGUUUGUUGUGCAUUAGCAUCAUACAGAUGUAUCAUGAUCGGAUUUGUAUGAAUUUGAGAUUUAAAUCUGACUUUUGUCACUAAAAAUUCUCGUAAAUCCACUCUUGUAACUACAGACUGGCAGUUUAGUGUACAGGGUUUAUCCUUGUUGUUUCUUAUUUUAGUCCUUUUGUGAAAUGUUUACCACUUUUAUAAGCGACCAUUAAUCCUGCACAGUACUUUGCAUAGAAUGCAUUUUUAAUGUCACCAUUCAUACAGAGAAGUGUUUUGGUAUCACUUUACCUGUUUAACACCCCCCAAUCCACCCCUUUCCAUGACUGAGAAUGAAUGUUGAUUUUCCUUUCAAGUCAUUAAGUCCUGGUAAUUGAGUGUGGGAUUAUUAUAGUAUUGUGUGUGUGUGUGUGUGUUCGUUCACUGGUACAGGCUGUUACAAAAUAAAAGUAAACAUAGUAUUCUCUGUGAUGCAGUAAAAACAUAGAUAAACUUGUAUAAAACAGGAA